AUGUCCGCAAUCGUUAAUAGUGAUGUAAUUGAACGAAAAAUGGGGCAAAACAGUAUUAUUCAACCCUUACUGACGGAUUUAUACCAAAUAACUAUGGCGUAUGCUUAUUGGAAGUCCGGAAAAAUUGAGUGUCAAGCUGUAUUUGAUUUGUUUUUCCGGAAAAGUCCGUUUUGUGGUGAAUUCACGAUUUUCGCUGGUUUGGAGGAGUGUUUGAAGUUCAUAGAAAAAUUCAGCUACUCUGAGAGCGACAUAGAAUACAUAAGGCAAAUAUUACCGAAAACGAUUGAAGAUGAAUUUUUUCAAUACUUGGGCACGCUGACAGCGAAGGACAUAUCUGUGUACGCUAUAAACGAAGGUACUGUUGUUUUUCCUAGAGUUCCCUUGCUGAGAAUCGAGGGACCACUCAUUGUAGCACAAUUAUUGGAAACAACGCUUUUAACGUUGGUCAACUAUGCAAGUCUUAUGGCUACAAAUGCAGCUCGGUACAGAAUGGCCGCUGGAAAUUUGAAAUUAUUCGAGUUUGGUCUACGUAGAGCCCAGGGACCUGACGGGGGGCUAUCAGCUUCGAAGUAUGCAUACAUCGGGGGUUUUGAUGGGACCAGUAACGUACUGGCGGGUAAAUUGUUCAACAUUCCUGUGAAGGGCACGCACGCGCAUGCGUACAUAACCUCGUUUAACAGUAUCGGCGAGCUGAAUCAUCACUUUAUAUCGGCGAAGGGCGGCGGGGAACCACAGAACUUCCUGAAAAUGUCGUUGACGUGGAGGGAGAAAAUAUACGAUAUUUUUAACGUUGUGCUUUCGGAAGUAAACGAUGGGGAGUUAGCGGCGUUCAUUUCGUUUGCCGUUGCGUUUCCGGACGGUUUUAUGGCGUUAAUCGACACGUAUGACGUUAAGAAAAGCGGGUUGGUGAAUUUUUGCGCCGUUGCCUUGGCCUUGAACGAUUUGGGGUAUAGAGCUUUGGGGGUUAGGUUGGAUAGCGGCGAUCUGGCGUAUUUAUCUUUGGUGGCUAGGGACUACUUCAAGAAGAUCGCUGUUAAAUAUGACGUCCCGCAUUUCGCCGAGUUGAUGGUAAUGGCGUCCAACGAUAUAAACGAGGAGACCAUAUUAAGUCUCAACGAUCAAGGUCACAGUAUAGACUCGUUUGGUAUAGGCACACAUCUGGUGACCUGUCAGAAGCAACCUGCUCUGGGUUGCGUUUAUAAAAUGGUGGAAAUCAACCAGCACCCCAGAAUAAAACUGAGUCAUGACGUCGAGAAAGUUACGAUACCCGGUAAGAAGAACGCCUACAGACUGUACAGUGAGACUGGUUUCGCUUUAAUCGAUUUAUUGCAACGUUCAGUGGAAGAACCUCCGAAAAUAAACGAGAAGGUGCUUUGCAGACAUCCUUUUCAAGAAUCGAAGAGGGCCUUUGUCAUACCCAGCCGCGUUGAGAGUUUGUUAAACUUGUACUGGCACAAUGGAGUCAUAACGCAACCUCUACCGAAUCUGCAGCAAAUAAGGGAGAACGUCAUGAACUGCUUGAAAAUUCUCAGGCCUGAUAUAAAACGUACGUUGAACCCAACGCCUUAUAAGGUUUCUGUUAGCGAUACUUUGUAUCAGUUCCUGCACAGGUUGUGGCUUGAAAAUGCACCCAUUGGGGAGCUAUCCUAA